AACCUGCCCGCCUAUGUUCAAACCAGACGAGGGGCCUCCAUCUGCCAACCAGGAACUACACAUCACCUCUCCACAGCACACCGCAGUGCGGCGCCACAACGAAACGCACGCCACUUGACUGACUCCACUUCUAUUAGUUCAUCAGCAGCCACACUCGACUAACCACGCGGCCCAACCACGCGGACGCGAUGCCGCCAGCAAUGCCGGCGGCCGCCGCGCCGUCCGCCGCCCUUCAGCGGUCGUGCGGCACGGACGGCGUGUGCCUGCAGUGCAACGCGCUGCCGCCCGACGACCUCGUGCUCGUGUGCGACGCGUGCCGCGGCGAGUGGCACAUGCCGUGCCUCGUGCCGCCGCUCGCCGCCGCGCCCGCCGGCACGUGGCACUGCCCCGACUGCCGCGAGGUGGAGGCGGCGAUGACCCGCGCCGACCACGGCGACGGCCGUGCGGCUUCUGCGGCUACUGCUGCGGCUCACGAGGCGGACGGCCCGAGAGACGCAGACGUCGCUGCAGCUGCGGGAGACGGUGGCGAAAACGAGCUGCGUGCGAAGAUCCGUGCGAUUCAAAACGAUGAGUCGCUGAGCGACGAGGAGAAGGCGAGGCAGCGCCAGGCGCUGGUGAGCCGGCAGGCGACGACGAAUGCGACGAAUGCGACGAAAGCGACGAAUGCGAGCGCGAGCGCGGCGAGUGCGAUGGCGGCGGCGGAGGCGGCGGAGGCGUUCUUCACGGACACGAUGAAGUGCCCCAUCUGCUGCGACCUCGUCGACCGCCCCGUCACCACGCCCUGCGGCCACAACUUCUGCCUCAAGUGUUUCCACAAGUGGCUCGCCCAGGGCAAGCGCACGUGCGCCAAGUGCAGACGAGCCAUGCCACCCGACAUGCUCAAGCAGCCGCGCAUCAACCCCGUCAUCGUCGCUGCCAUCCGCCACGCCAAGGCCGCCGCCGCCGCCGCUGCCCGGGCGGCAGCAGGCGGGCUGUCCACGUCAGCAACACCAGCGAAGCCCUACGAGCCAAUCGGCAACGAGAAGAGGCCGGACCAGGCGUUUACAACGGAGCGCGCCGUGCGGAAAGGGCUCUCGAACGCAGCCUCGGGCCGGAUAUUCGUGACGAUACCGGGGGACUUCUUUGGGCCAAUCAUGGCGGAGUACGACCCCGAGAGGGGCCAGGGCGUGGCGGUGGGCGAGGUGUGGGCGAGCCGGCUGGCAUGCCGGCAGUGGGGCGCGCACCUGCCGCACGUGGCGGGCAUCGCCGGGCAGUCCAGCCGCGGCGCGCAGUCUGUGGCGCUGUCAGGCGGGUACGAGGACGACGAGGACAACGGCGAGUGGUUCCUCUACACCGGCAGCGGCGGUCGCGAUCUGAGUGGCAACAAGCGCACCAACAAGCUGCACGCGUUCGACCAGAAGUUUGAGAAGCUCAACCAGGCGCUCCGCCUCAGCUGCCUGCACGGCUACCCCGUGCGCGUCGUCAGGUCAGAGAAGGAGAAGCGGUCGAGCUACGCACCGCAGGCAGGUGUACGGUACGACGGGGUAUACCGCAUCGAGCGCUGCUGGCGGCGCAAGAGCAACGUGGGCUUCCUGGUGUGUCGCUACCUCUUCGUGCGCUGCGACAACUCGCCUGCUCCCUGGACCAGUGACGAGGUGGGGGACCGCCCCACGCGGCAGCUGCCGGCGGUGAAGGAGCUGAAGCAGGCGGUGGACGUCACCCAGCGCACGGGGCCGCCCGCCUGGGACUGGAUUGAGGAGAAGCAGCAGUGGGGAUGGGUACGCCCUCCCCCCCCUUGCACCAAAGCCAUCGGCGGCAGCAGCACGGCAUGGCGCUCCGCCAAGCGCCUGGCUGUGUGCAGCGGGGCAGAGGCGGUGAAGAAGAGGCGGGCACUGGCUCAGAAGCGACUGAAGAAAGACUUCGCGUGUCUGCUGUGCAAGGCAGUGCUGCGCGACCCCGUGGCCACGCCCUGCCAGCACAUCUUCUGCCUCGCCUGCCUCCAGGCGCGCUUCCACGGCCUCGCCGACACGCGCGACCGCACCAAGACCGCUGGACGGUCGCUGCGCGCGCAGAAGAUCGUGAAGCAGUGUCCCGCUGCUCGCUGCAGCGCUGACAUCGCUGAUGUGCUCAACAACCUGCAGGUGAACCACGACAUGGCGCAUCUCAUCGCCAUGCUGCUCGCUCAGGCGCACGCCGAGCCCGGGGCGGAGGGGGACGGAGGGGAGGGUGGUGAGGCGGAAGGUGGGGAGGGGACAGAGGAGGGUGAUGAGGAUGAGGAGGAGGUGGAGGAGGUGGAGGAGGAGGAGGAGGCGGAGGAGGAUGGAAAAGGCAGCAAUGAGCAGCAAGAAGGGAAGGGGUGUGAGGGAUAUUUAAAAGAUGGAUGCACGGAGGGGGGGGAGGAGGGAGGGGGGAAGCAGGUGGUGCAAGGGCUGGAGGCGAUCGGUGCUGAGGUGCACCGGGCUAGUGGCAAGGUGAAGUGGGGAGGAGGGAGUGAGAGGAAGAUCAAAAGAUCAAAGGUGGAAGUAGAUGGGAGAAGACAAGAUGGUGCAGUUGAAGGGACGGACGGGGGAGGAGGUGUGUCAAGUGCAAUUCCAGCUGGAGUUGCAGCACCAGCAGCACAGCGGCCAGCAGCUGCAGAAAAGGUGUCAGCAGGAGCGGCACUAACGGCGUGCACUUCAUUGUCAGCAGCAUCGGGCCUGCAGGCGCUGAUGGGCGAAUUCAAGGAGUUCGACGAGGCGACUCUCAAAGACAUGCUGGUGGGCGAGGCGGGGGGUGAUGUGGAGGAGCUGCGAGGCAUGCUCAAGCUGAUGCGGCGCCAACAGCAGCAGGGUGCACGCGCACGUGCAGGGAGGGGGGCGUCUGGGCGGGGGCAAGGGAGGGGGAGGGGGAGAGGUAGAGGGCGAGGGAGAGGGAGAGGGAGGAGAGCUGUGGAAGAGAGUGUGGAGUGCGAUGAUGGUGGAGGGUAUAGCAAGCGGCACAAGGUUGGGAGCGAGGAUGUUGAAGAAGCGGGUGACGACAUGUCCGAUGACGAUGUGGUGGAAUGCUAGGACCAGGGUUUCAGCUAGGAUUUAGGGCUGUCUGAGAAUUAGACGGGGUUUCAAAGUUUGGUCUGACCAUCAGACGAAUUUUUUCAAGGAGUCUGAGAUCCCAGACGAAUUAAUUUAGCAGGUCUGUUUUUCAGACCAUCAGAUCGAUUUCGUCUGAGGGCGGAUUACUGCGUCGUGUCGACCGACGAUGUCAGACGCAGGAAGACCCGAGAAAACUAGGUUUUGCCAGUGUCGACGAUUGAAAGUGCCAGCCUUGACUGAGAACAG